GAUUGUCUUGAUAAAGGUCCUGCCUGGAUAAACAAUGAUGACUGGAAUCAAAUGAUCAAAGAUGUUUGGUCCACCCCUGAAUUUCAAAGGAGAUCUGAAUCUGCUAGGAGGAAUCGAUUAACCAAAACAGAUGGCAAAAUAAGCACUCAUUCUGGAGGAACAGUGUCAUUUGCAUCAUAUCGAGCUAACAUGCAAGAGGAAGCUGGUGGAAAAGAACCUCCAUGGGAUGAUGUCUUUUCAGCUUUGCAUCAAAGUAUUAAGCAAUCUGGUAGCUUCGUCGACAACAAGUCUAAAAAAGUGGUUGAAAAUUAUAAAAUGGAGAUGAUUUCAAAGUAUGGAACUGAUCGGGAAAAUCAUCCUUCAUUUGAUGGAGCAGCUUGGUGUGUGGCUUCAGGAGGAGUUACAAAGGGUAGGAUGGAUUCCAUGAAAGAAUAUCUUGUGAACAAUCUUGAAUACCAUGGUGGGACAUCAAAUAUUGAUCAAGGUAUGCCACCACCUUUGACUCCAUCAAUACCGCCACCUAUGGCUCCUCAGAUAAUGACACCUAUGGGUCCUGCAUCUCAACCAAUUUUUCGACCUACACCUUGA